AUGGCGGAUGCAGUGGUGGCGGAUGGCCCGCCGCCCGCUGCGGUCCCCGCUGCCGCUGGCGGCCCCAACACGGACUGCGACGGCGGCGACGACGUCGUGUUUGACGACGCCUGGGCGGACGAGGCCGUGCCGAGGAGGCGCAGGCCGCGUCGUCGGCGGGCGCUACCGGAGGCGGCUGCUCCGGGUGCGGCGGCGGCAGGCGCGGGCCUCGGCCCGCCUGCCGAGGCGGCGGCGGCUUCCCUGGGGCUCCCUCUGGUCGCGCUGGGGGCGGCGGGGGCGGCGGCGGGCUCCCUGGAGGCGGUGCGGGCCGCGCUGCCCGUCGGCGAGCUGGCGGCCCUGGACUCCUCCUUCGAGGCGUGCCAGGGCGUGCGGGCGGCCGCCGACGACGCCCUGCUCCGCGCGCAGCCUCCGCCCUCGGAGGCGAUGCGCGAGGAGGUCCAGCGCAUGCUGGACUUGGCGCGGGCGGCCGCGGCGCCCUCCCUCGGCAUCCUCGGCCUCGCGUUCGUGGUCGUGGACGGCCAGGGCCUCCUGCUGGCUG